AUGGGUAGUGGUUCCAACAGCAUUUCUUGUCCAAUGGCUUUUGCCGGGGAUAAUAGUGAUGGUCCGAUGUGUCCUAUGUUGAUGAUGAUGCGUACACAUCAACUACAUCAUGAUCAUGAUCUUCAACGCCAACAACAACAUGAUGGUUAUUCAUAUCAGUCAAACCAACAACAAAGUAGUUCCCUUUUUCUUCAGUCACCAGUUCCUCCUCAAGAAACGAAGAACAAAGUGGCCUCUUCUCCUCCUUCCUCUUGUGCUCCUGUUUAUUCUCUCAUGGAGAUCCAUCAUCAAAACGACCUCCUUGUGGGAGGACUCAACCCUUGUUCUUCCUCUUCUUCUCCGGCCUCAGUCAAGGCCAAAAUCAUGGCUCAUCCUCACUACCACCACCUUUUGCUUGCCUAUGUCAAUUGCCAGAAGGUGGGAGCUCCACCGGAAGUGCAGGCGAAGCUCUCGUCUGCGGCAGCGGCUGCAGCGUCCACGGGACCCACAGGGUCUUUAGGUGAAGAUCCAGGGCUUGAUCAAUUCAUGGAAGCUUACUGUGAAAUGCUGGUUAAGUACGAGCAAGAACUCUCUAAACCCUUUAAGGAAGCUAUGGUCUUCCUUCAACGCGUCGAGUGUCAAUUCCAAUCCCUCUCUCUCUCCUCUCCUUCCUCUUUCUCCGGUUAUGGAGAGACUGCUACUGACAGAAACAACAAUGGGUCAUCGGAGGAAGAAGUCGAUAUGAACAAUGAAUAUAUAGAUCCACAGGCCGAGGAUAGGGAGCUUAAAGGACAGCUCUUACGCAAGUACAGCGGUUACUUAGGCAGCCUCAAGCAAGAGUUCAUGAAAAAGAGGAAGAAAGGAAAGCUGCCUAAAGAAGCUCGCCAACAACUUCUUGAUUGGUGGAGCCGACACUACAAGUGGCCAUACCCUUCGGAGCAACAGAAGCUGGCGUUGGCGGAAUCAACCGGGCUGGACCAGAAACAGAUAAACAAUUGGUUCAUAAACCAGAGGAAGAGGCAUUGGAAGCCAUCAGAGGAUAUGCAGUUCGUAGUAAUGGACGCAACACAUCCUCAUCAUUACUUCAUGGACAGUGUCUUGGGCAAUCCUUUCCCCAUUGAUCACAUCACUUCCACCAUGCUUUGAUCGUUCCUUCGCAACUUCAUCAAAUUAUAUUUAUAACUCAUUAAACAGAUUAUAAUAUGUAUAAUCUGUGGUUCUCUCUCUAUACUUGGGAACGUUACAUGUUCCCAUUGAUGAACAAGCGUUCGAUGUUUUCCCCAAUUAUAUAUGGUCUGUCUGUGAACCUUUCUGUAUUGUUGUGUGGUUAUGUGAAAACUCAGUUUGAUGAUAUUUCACCGUCGAAAUUGAAUAAACGGGUUCUCU